AUGCCGCUUUUGGUACUGCUGCUGAUCGGUGCUGCCCUGGCCGUACCGAACCCAGUGCAACAGCAGCAACAGCCGCAACAGCAAGGGACGCCCAGCCACACGGAGAAGCCCUUCCAGCUGGAGAACCCGGCCUACGAUCCGUCGCUGUACCAGAAGUUCCUGCCCCAGGAUGCGGUCCAGCAGUACGUCCACGCGUACACCGGUCAGGCCAGCCCAGCGACCGUUUACGGGGCCGGUGGCCCAACAUUCGACCCUGCGACAGCCUUUGCGGUCAUCCCCACCGGUGGCUUCGAGGGAUUCCUGAUCCCGGGUCCACUCGAGAAGGAGCAACCAUCGCUACUAAGCUCGAUGAGGACGCUGCUGCCGAGCGCGCGAUCACUCGUCACCUUCGUUGGCCGCGUAGCGUCGGUCGUGGUCGGUUCCGUCGGGGUGUUGCUGUUUGGGACGAUCCUAACCUCACUCACGUGCUUCUUCACGCCGUUCUGCACGCUGUCCUUCCGUAACGCUAAGUUUCUCACGGGAGUCAGCGGAACGCCUCUACCCGGUGGAACGGGGGGAGUCCAGGAGCUGGUGGAGGCGGUCGGCGAACAGAUGACGGCGGAGCGCGUCAAGCGAGCGGCCGAGUUCCUCUACACGGCGAUCGAUAAGUUCCAGCGGCUGAACAACGUCGUCAAGCAGGCCACCGAACGGAAGGCGAACGUGGGUGCUGCGAGAAGGUGA